AGGAGCAGCGGAGCAGCGGAGGAGCAGCGGCGGCAGAGCGAUGCUGAGAGCGCGGCAGGAUGUCUUUCACCUCCUCCUCCUCCUCCUUCUGGUCCCGGACUCUCCGAGCAUCGGUGCUCCUGCAGCUCCUGCUGGUGCCGCCGUGCCUCCUCCACCCGCAGCCGUGCCACCUCCUGGCACAGAUCGGACACACGGUGCGCGUCGGUGCGCUCCUGCCGGCGCAGCGGGCGGCUCGCGUUCAGGUCCAGGCGGCGCUCAGCCGCGCGGCGGCCGCGAUGAGUCAGGACGGAGCCCGGGACCGGGACCCGGACCCGGAGCGGGUCAACUUUCUGCCCUACAACUUGAGCCUGGAGCUGGUCUCCCGGCAGCCGGCCGCCGCGGACCCGGAGUCCCUGUUCCGGUGCGUGUGUCAGGGCGUGGUGGUGCAGGGAGUGUCCGCCCUGCUCGCCUUCCCGCAGAGCCGCGAGGAGCUGCUACAGGUGGACUUCAUGGCCUCGUUCCUGGAGAUCCCGGUCCUCAGCCUCCUUGAGCACGGGGAGCCUCUCCGAACGCAGAACCGGUUCCACCUGCAGAUGGCAAUGGGGGUUCCAGAGUCCGGUCUGUCCGACCUGCUGCUGACGGUUCUGGAGCGGUCCGGCUGGAGGGAGGGUACCGUGGUUCUGUGUCGGGGCUGGGAGGAGGCUCGCGGUCUCCUGCAUCUCCUGGACGGCGGGAGCGGCAGUGAUGCAUCGUGGGACAGUGGUGGCGCCGUGGCCUGGCAGGUACGCGCCCUCCUGAACCUGACGCAGUCGGCGCACGACGACACUCAGAUCCAUGACUUCCUGUCCCGACACUUCAGACAGAACCACGCCUCGCCUGCCUCCGUGCUGCUGUUUGGCGCCGACCCGCAGUGUGCGGCUGCGGUGCUGCGCAGCGCCCAGGAUCUGGGCCUCACGUUACCCAUGGUGCACUGGGUGCUGGGACAGCCGCUCAGCCCCGACGCGCUGCACGCCAUCGGGCUGCCGCUCGGCCUGCUGGCCUACGGAGAGGUGGAGAGGAAGCCGCUCGACUACUACGUCAGAGACGCGCUGCAGCUCGUCACCAGGGCCGUCGCUGCGGCAACCGUGGUGCGCCCGGACCUGGCGCUGAUCCAGAACAUGGUGAACUGCUAUGACAAACCCAACAAGCACGAGGUGCCAUCGUCAGGACAAUACCUGUCCAGGUUCCUGUCCAACACGUCUUUCUUGGGUCUGACGGGUCCUGUCCGAGUCCACCAGAACCAGUCUCAGGUCGUCACCUCACAGCGUUUCCACAUCUGGAGCCUGCGGCGGGAUGCGCUGGGGCAGCCCACCUGGGUGACGGUGGGCAGCUGGGAGGGAGGCCAGCUGCAGGUGGAGGACCAGGGAGUCUGGCAGGGACCCAAACCUCGCCACAGGACCGAGGGCACAGGCGGGAGGACCAGGGGCCGCUGGAGGCCGGGGAUGCCUGUGGCGGGGAGUCGGGUCCGGGUGGUGACUCUGGUGGAACAUCCCUUUGUGUUCACGCGGGACGUGGACAACGAAGGCAGCUGCCCGGCCGGUCAGUACUGCCUGGACGCCGGCGCCAACAGCUCGGACACUCUGGAGAGGUUCUUCAGGGAAGUGGCGGGCGGGAACAGCAGCUUCCUGCCUGCAGAGUACAACAAGUGCUGCUACGGAUACUGCAUCGACCUGCUGGAGAAGCUGGCCGAGGACCUGGGCUUCGAGUUCGACCUUUACAUCGUCGGGGACGGGAAGUACGGCGCGUGCAAGGGGGGCCGCUGGACCGGGCUUGUGGGGGAUCUACUGGGCGGCCUCGCCGACAUGGCGGUCACCUCCUUCAGCAUUAACUCGGCUCGGAGUCGCGUGAUCGACUUCACCUCACCGUUCUUCUCCACCAGCCUGGGCAUCCUGGUGCGCAGCAAGGACACCGCGGCGCCCAUCGGAGCCUUCAUGUGGCCGCUGCACUGGUCCAUGUGGGUGGGCAUCUUCCUGGCGCUGCACAUCACGGCACUCUUCCUCACGCUGUACGAGUGGAAGAGUCCUUACGGCAUGACGCCGCACGGACGCAACAGGAUGAGGGUGUUCUCGUACUCGUCUGCGCUCAACCUGUGCUAUGCCAUCCUGUUCGGACGCACCGUCUCCUCCAAGACGCCCAAGUGUUGGACGGGGCGCUUCCUGAUGAACCUGUGGGCCAUCUUCUGCCUGCUGGUGCUGUCCAGCUACACCGCCAACCUCGCCGCCGUCAUGGUCGGGGAGAAGACCUUUGAGGAGGUGUCAGGAAUCCACGACGCCAAGCUGCACCACCCGUCCAGAGGUUUUCGCUUUGGGACAGUGCGGGAAAGCAGCGCCGAGGAUUACAUGAGGAAGAGUUUUCCGGAGAUGCACGAGUACAUGAGGCGCUUCAACGAGCCGACCACGCCUGAAGGAGUCGCCACUCUCAAGACAGAUCCUCCUCAGCUCGAUGCCUUCAUCAUGGACAAAGCUCUUCUCGACUACGAGGUUUCCAUCGACGCCGACUGUAAACUGGCGACGGUCGGGAAACCGUUCGCCAUCGAAGGCUAUGGGAUCGGCCUGCCUCAGAACUCCCCUCUGACCUCCAACAUCUCGGAGUUCAUCAGCAGGUAUAAGUCAGAGGGCUACAUGGACCUGCUGCACGACAAAUGGUACAAAGUGGUUCCGUGUGGGAACCGAGUGUUCGCCGUCACUGAGACUCUUCAGAUGGGGAUCAGUCACUUUUCAGGACUCUUUGUGCUGUUGUGUGCUGGAGUGGGCGGAGCUUUGCUGACUCUGGCGGGUGAACACGGUUUCUACCAACUCGUCCUGCCGCACAUCCGCCGCCGCCAGAACCUGAAGUACUGGCUGCACACGUCACAGAAGAUCCACCGCGCUCUCAACAUGACGUAUGAAGAUGUGAAGCGGCAGCGAUUAGAGAAAGAGAAGAGUUGUAACCUGGAGAAGUCUCAGCCCCCCCCGGGCCCCCCGGCCCCGCCGCCCCCCGGAGCCUCAGCCAAGUGGAACAACGAGGCCAGUAAGGACGCCGCCGCAACCGCCGCUGUGAAGGACGCCCGAGACUUCAAACGAGUCCACUUCAACCUGGAGACCCUGAACACCCGCCGCCUGCUCGCUCGCAUGGCCACUUCGGAAGCCAAGGUGGGCGGGGCCAAACCAGAGAGUGACGGGCCCCCCAGACCGAAGGCGGGACCAAACAGCAGACUGUGUGAGAACGGAGGACCAGCGGCUUCACUCGCCAGCCUGGUGCUCGCCAUGCCCUCCUCCUCCAAACCCAAACCCUUUGCCCCUCCCCCUGUUGCUGUAACCACGCCCCCUGCCGUUGUUGCCCCUCCCCCUAAACCGGUGGACCCGCCCCGGCCCGGCGAGCUGCAGGAGCUGCAGGAAGAGAUCGAACAGAUGAGGGAGAGGCUGAGGACCGCGCUCGCCAGGAGGGCCGAGAUCCAGACCACUCUUUCCACACCUGCUGACACGGUGACAAACAACCCGUCGACAGUGACAACAACAACAACAACAACAACAACAACAACAGCAACAGAAGCCCCGCCCACUGCCCCUCAAACUGCCCCGCCCACUGCCCCGCCCACCACCGCCCCAGUGACAACACUCCCCGCCAAUACAAAGUGCGUCACGACCAUGACGGACCCGCCUCACAAAGUCCUGUCCAAAGUCCGGCCCUUCCACAGCAGACUGACCAAUCAGAGGAGGUGAUGCUCUCUGCACAGGUCACAUGACCCUUUGCACACAGCGGCCAUUUUAAACGGGUGAAAGCAUAAAUAAAAAAAAACCCGAUCAGGUCGUUCUUUUACUCUUCAAACAUUUCUAUGAUCGCCACGUUUGUCCUGCUGUCACUCACACGCUCCUCCGCUCUGAUUGGUUGUCGGUCUGUUCAGAGAGGUUCCAGACUGAUGUGAUGUCAGGAUGCUAGGAGCUAUCAGUGAAUCUGAAAUAUUUACAUUUAUAAAAAGAAAACUUGAGAAGCAGCUCAGUCCCCUGCAGAGAGACCAAGGAAACAGACCAGAAAACACAUUCAUAGAAACGUUUCUACAUUAUCUUAAACCCAAACAGAAGAUCCAUAAAACAUCUUUAAUUAAUGACAAUCUAUAAAGUUUAAAUAUGAAUGUGAUGAAGUGUUUCUUAAAUAUUCAGCUGACAACAUUAUUUCAUAAAUUCUGCUCCAUUCUUUAUUUAAAAUCCUGAUUAAUAAUGGGGUCAUACAAAUGAUUUUUAUUUUCUGUAUAUUCAGGGUUAAUUUAAGGGCUAAUUCAGGGGAUUUAUGUGUGAUAGUCAGAGAAUAAAAUAUAAUAAUUGAUGUCACAUUUGAUAACAUUUGAUAACAGUAGAAUUAUGCUUUAAAAUGUCCUUAAAAAUCCAGAGACAUAUUUUUAUACAUUUGGUAAAUGAACUCUUUGGUUUGUGACGAAUUAAAGCAGCAGACUGUUUAAAAUGGCCGCUGUUUGGACUUUAGUGACUUCCGGUGGACAAACAGGACGCAGCAGCAUGGCAGCUCUGCUCACUGACUGGAGCCUCUGAGGACUCGAAAAAACUACAGCAAGUAAACGCACCACCAACAGAACAACAGAACUGAUGCUGUAGGAGCAAUAAAUUGUUGAUGUCGAGAAAAGUGAUGAAAGUUUAAAGGGAAACGUUGGUGUUUUUGAUCAUGUUUUUAAAUCAGAGUGAAGAAGCUGCGUUCACACUGCAGACUAAAGUUUUAUUUUGCUCAGGUGUGACUCUGUUUUAUCUCACUUCAGGACCAGGUGUGGGUCAGUUCAGGAAGGUUUUAUAGAAAUAGAAUAUAUAGAAUAUAAAUAAGCUUGUGGGGUCAUCAGGUGCUCUGUGUGAACGCAGCUCUUCAGUGUGAGUGUUGUGUUCGUUUGUGAUUCUGUAAAUAAAUAUCCCUCCCUCUGUACAACAGUGAAGCCAAAAUAUUAAACUGGUGAUGUCAUUUGGAGCCAGAAUCAGAACCAUCAGAGCACAGCUGUUAAUCACAACAUCACAGUCCCGUUUUAUAGAGUCAAAUAACUGAUUAAAACCAAACUGAUCAUAAAAAAUAACACUUGAACAACAAAUUUGGUGGUGGGGUUUAUAACCUAUACUGCAGCUGGCCACCAGGGGGCAGUCCAGAUGUUUUGGCCUCACUUUUUAUAUGGAAGCUGUAAGGUUGUCACCAUAAAUGUUCUAAAAACACUGAAUAUGUCAUAUUAAGAUCCAUUCAGUACAAAACAAUGAGUUUCUUAUUUAAUUUGAUUAUUGUUAUUAUCAGCUGUCAUGCAGAUCAGACUUUAUUUCUCUGAGGGGUUUGACCCAUCAGGGUCUAGCGUAAAAUAAAAACACCAAAGUUUCCCUUCAGGAACGUUAAGAAUCAUCAUCUGUCAAUAAAGGUGCAGAUUUGUUUGUUUAACCCAAAAAUCUGUGUUCAAAUGUGUUGUUUCAUGAAUAAAGAAGGUUUUUAAUGGUUAGUUUA